AUGCGCGCCAACUUCUUUUCGCUCGUGUGUAUCAUUACCCUUGCCACCACCGUGUGCACCCUACCGCUUGCCGGUCCCAGUGAUGGUGAGCCCAUUCCCAGGAAUCGCGGUGACGGUACUCUCACCCUCAAUGUCAUCGGAGACGGCGGUCUCAUUCUCAGCACUCGAGAGGACGAUGGCUGCGGCGGUAGAGACGGUACCGAUUGCUUUUGA